CGUCUUUUGUGUUUAUUGUGGGAGUUGCAAUUAAUAACAGCAAUCUGCGUAAAUAUUGACUGGUGGUAUUAUCGUUCACAAGGUUUUUACGGGAAUAAAAUUUUACUUUUCUCCGGGUGUAGAUAACGCCAUACGUUGAUAUUUGUAUUGUAUUAAGUCCGUAUCAAGGAGAAAAAUUCCACUUUGCAAUAGUAUCAGUGCCAGACACUAUUUCGCAUUUAGUCAUCGAUCUCAAUUUUUCUUGUGUUGCACAAAGAACUACUUUGUAAUUAGUAUUAUUGACGAUAAUUAAAUACUAGCCUGGAAAACAAUUGCUUCCUUUCUUUAAAGUGCUUCUAUUAAAAAUAUUUAAAUUUUCAAGAAAAUCAAUGGAAGAUAUAACUCCACUUACAAAUGUACAAAAGUUGUAAAAGCAUAAUUAAUCUGUGAUUAUUACUUCCAUAACAGUUUCUGUUUCUUUAAAAUCCGACUUACUCAAAAAGACUGACAAUAAGGAAUGCUGAUUCGAGAUUGACCGAUAAUUAAGAAGAAAAUGACCGAACGUCAACCUCUUUUGCUUCAGUCGGAACACACAGCGUCGGAUGAAAGAUAUCCACCACGCCCUGAUGUUCGAAAUUCUCCAGAAAAUACAUUAGUAAAUGUACAAAGUGAAGAAAGCAUUGUAGACUCAAAUGAGAGUUUAGACAAGUCCACAUAUAAUCCUUCAUUGCAUCGGACGUUGGAGCAUCCCACCUCAAAUUUUGACACCUUAGUACAUUUACUGAAGGGUAACAUCGGCACAGGAAUUUUGGCAAUGCCAGAUGCGUUUAAAAACGCCGGACUUUAUGUGGGACUAUUUGGAACGCUAAUAAUGGGCGCGAUUUGCACACACUGCAUGCAUAUGCUGGUGAAAUGUGCGCACGAGCUUUGUCGAAGGCUUCAACAGCCUUCGCUUAGUUUCUCGGAGGUAGCGUUCUGUUCAUUCGAGACCGGACCCAUUGGCUUGAGACGAUACUCGCACAUUGCACGGCGUAUGAUAACGACAUUCCUUUUUAUCACCCAAAUUGGAUUUUGCUGUGUCUACUUUGUUUUUGUGGCAUUUAAUAUAAAGGAGGUGGUAGAUCAUUAUUUCCCACACAAUUAUAUAAAUGUUAAAGUGUACUUAACGCUCAUAUUACUUCCAAUGAUACCCUUGAAUCUUGUGCGUAAUCUCAAAUAUCUAACACCAGUGUCCUUAGCUGCAGCAGUGCUGACUGUAUUAGGUCUAGCAUUCUCAUUUUUCUACAUACUACAAGAUUUACCAGAUACGGACACAGUAAAGCCCGUGGCAUCGUGGGCUCAACUACCAUUGUAUUUCGGCACAGCUAUAUAUGCAUUUGAGGGUAUUGGUGUUAUUUUGCCAUUGGAAAAUAAUAUGAAGAGACCUGAAGAUUUUGGAGGCUCAACGGGUGUAUUGAACACUGGUAUGACUAUCGUGGCAUGUCUGUAUACAACAGUUGGCUUCUUCGGUUAUUUGAAAUAUGGAGAGAAUGUUAAAGGCAGCAUAACACUAAAUUUGCCGCCCGAUCAAUUCAUUUCACAGAUGGUUCGGAUAGCUAUGGCCGUGGCAAUAUUCCUGUCAUACACGCUACAAUUCUAUGUACCUGUUAAUAUUGUUGAACCUUUCGUACGCAAUCAAUGCGAGGACCAACGUACAAAAGAUUUGGCAUCGACAGCACUCCGGAUUGUGUUAGUUGUAUUUACAUUUCUGCUUGCUGUCUGCAUACCAAAUUUGGGACCAAUAAUCUCUUUGGUUGGCGCUGUCAGCAGUUCAGCAUUGGCGCUAAUUGCACCACCAAUAAUUGAUAUAAUCACAUUCUAUCCCGUGGGUUUGGGCAAGUAUAAUUGGAUAUUAUGGAAAGAUAUUGCAAUACUGCUAUUUGGCUUAUGUGGCUUUUUCUUUGGCACUUACGCAAGCUUGGAUCAGAUUCUCAACCCAGGUAUAAAUUAGUUACUUAUUUUAAUGACGAAACAUGUAUGUAUUUAAACGAAUCUUAUCGAAAGCCGAAAAAGUAUAACCUACCGAGAACUGUAAGUAAAAAGUGUCUAAUUACCAAAUAUUAAAACAGUAAACAUAAAUGUAUAUGCUAUGAAUUGUAUGGAUUUCGAGCUGUGAAGUGCUAUUUUUAUUAAAAUAAAUUAUUAUUUUUUUAAUUA